CUCAAUUAACACUAGAAGCAGAAAGCCAUGACGGUUUCCGAUGUUGCGCUGUUCACGUCAGCACCGCACUAGGCCUCUUCACUGUGAAUGAAUACGGCCUGGUUGAGUUGCCUCAAAAUGCUCUCAACGCCUCGUUGGGGCGGAGUGAAGUCCGUGCAAGCAAUCGUGCUCUGCCUGCUUGCUGGAGAAGCAAGCUGGCGCAUAUCUGUUAAAGCCGAGCCGGCCUGGCGCGGGAAAGAAGCACUGCUUCAGUUCAACAGCUCGCUUCCAUGCGCUGCAUCUGGAAUGUGCUCUAUUGGCAGGACCAAACCGUGGACGGGCGACAUCUACCCGCUUCACGGCCUUCGGGAAUGUCUUGCUGCACGAGCAUUUCGGCAGGAAGUCAUUCUAGUCAGCGAAAACCGGCUGUCGGCAGGCUUCCAGCUAGUCUGGAACGCGCUCGAGAUUGGAUAUGACCACAUUGUGCUCAUGUCCACCAAGGAGAAGUGCCAGAAGGCGGGGCGGGUGUGGCCGCAAGUCUCGUGUAUCUGGUCAAGCCAGGAGUUCGCCAACUCGCCCAAGUACAUGUUGGACAGGCACUCGUUCCUCCCACGUGCGGCGCGCCUUGGCUACAAUGUCCUCUGCCUAGACAGUGACUCCAUGUUCCUGACUGACAUCUACGCCUACCUCAAGGCUCCGCCACUGCGGGACAUGGCGCUGAUGGCGCUGAGGGACCCGGCCAUUGGCUGGCUCAACUCAGCCAUUAUCUACGUGCAAAACGCGCGGCCAGACGGGCCAUCCGUCUACAUGCUGGCUGAGGUGAUCGACCGCCUGGAGCGGUGGGCUGAGUCUAGGGACGAGCUGAACCAGCGCGGUUGGCCAAGUGGGUGCUGGGAGCAGAUGGUCAUGAGUGAUGUGCUGAUGGGGGCGGUCAUUGGGCGGCCCAUGACGUACGGCUGUUGGAACCGCGACAACAACGUGACGUACCGGGACGCCUGGGAGGGCGCACACAAGCGCUAUUUCGGCUACAAUGACCCCGGCGGCAUCGCCAUCACGCAAUACCUCAAGGAGGCCCAUUGGCCCUGGCCGGAGCCACUUCGGGAUCGUGCGCCUGGCUUUGGCCGCGGUGAAGGCCUUUAUUGGUCACAAGUUAUCCAGAUCCCCAACACAAAUGGCGAGUGGCCGGCCGAGUUCGGCGGCAAUAUCUACGGCAAGACCGAGCGCGGCCCCAAGUCCAAGGAGUGGAUGGGGCUACUGAAGGCGGAUGGCUUCGCCAUCUGGGCUGAUCCCGAAGACCCGCUACAGGCGGCGGCAAACGCGGCGAACAAGGAGCUGUUUGCUUUCUACCCCGAAUGGAUCGGCGUUGCCUGGGACCAAGACGGCAUGAGCGGCUAUUGGAACCCAGCUCUAUACAAGCAGUACGGCAACGGCACCAAUGGCACUUCACCCUACGCCUUCGCGCACUUCUACCGCCUGUUCGGCGCGCCCAUGAACAAGCUCACCGUGCGGAUGGCAAUGAACGGUUGGAACUGGGAGCUGUCGCACCUGCUGCACCCGCGCGGCGGCGUGUUCUUCGCCAGCACCGAGCACGCGCCCAUACCCGACGUGCUGGUGUACUCGCCCGAGGUGGAGAACCGCGAGUGGAUGUCACACGAGGAGUGGGACAAAGCAACCAAGGCCUUGACGCGGCUUGCAAUGGAGAUGGGGCGCACCGUCGUGUACCCCGCGCCACGCUGCAACGUCACCUGGCUGGGCGGCGAGCGGAACAACCGCCUGCCGUUGGACUACCCCUUGCAGUACCGGUACCAAGUCAUCCCAUACGCGCCCAGGGGUUUCGAUGACAGCCGCUGCAUGCUGGGCGGCUACCUCAUGCAGGGCUGCAUGGCAGCGCGAUGGUACUUUGCUGGCGGCAUGUUCCCGCCCGAGUACGACCACCUUGUGGUGCACAUCCGGGACAAGGCCGCGGAGCACCCCGUGGCUACCGUGGCGGCGGAGCAGCUGGCGAGGAGCUGGGACUCGGAGGAGCUGGCAAAGACGCUCAUGGCGCAGCAUGGUGGCCCGGGUGCGGGACUGUUCCAUCCCAAGAUAGCUGAGAAGCUGGGAGCCGCGGCGGUGCCAGCAGUGCCGGCUACUGCGCAGAAGCCCAGGGUACUUAUAAUCCCUAGCGUGCUGCAGCUCACCGAUAAGGUUGGGCCGCGGGAGCAGCUGUACCGGGACCAUGAGCGGGAGGACUUUAAUGUCAUGAGCUGUCCUUGGAUCCAGAAUAAACCGUUCAUGUGAGAAUCAUGGGUGAUGCACUGGAGCCUGCACUUGCAGGUAAAAACCGAUGCUUUUGGACUCAGUCAAAAAGCCGGUUUGAGGACGCCAAUGGAGAAGGAGUACGGCCCACAAUGAACACGGCUUUAUAGCUGCCUUCGUUUCACCUCAGUCCUUUGUGUAGGCGCGGUUUCAUCUCGUGUUGGCAACAGGGGACGGUAGGGAGCCGCUGCCCAGGGCCAGGCUCUUCGUUGUCCCACCCAACCGCGCAACGAAGAGCAGCUGCACAGGGGGGGGGGUGGCCGCUGCAUGCGCCGCUUGCGAGCGAAAUGCGGCACGAGCCGCCCGCCCUGUCAGAAGGCUGGGGCGGGGCGGGGUCUCGGUCUUUCCCCCACCAUUCCGUUGGCGCCCGCCUCGGUGCAGCAUAAAGGGAUGGUCGUGCAGGGGAUUUCUCGAUUUGCUACGGUUGCGUUGAGGUGUUGCAAAGGAAUAGGGCUAGCAGUCACGAGGGUGUUGGUAGCGGUGCUUGGGUGUUUGUUGGCGGGAGGUUGCUUGGGUGUGGAGGGCGGCACUUGAGCCAGCGUGUGUAACAGUUUGGGUGGGGAAUUGGUGGAGACCUUAAAGCGUGAACGCGCGUGACUUGAGACUGCAGGCUAACAAGAGCAAGGAUGAGGGAGGGCCGGGCGAGCGGCCAUUGCGGCCUACAACAGGAUUUCAUGAGCUGGAGCGCUGGUGCUGAGUGGUUUCGCUGUGCGCGAUUGGCCCCGGUAGCAAUCAGCAAGCCUGAUUUGCUGAUCAGACCUAUUCAUCACACUGAAGCAGGGCUCCUAUCUUAAUGUCUCCAGACAU